AUGGCUUUGCAGGACUUGUGCAAUUUUCAGGACAUCUUUCUGGACAGUGACAAUACUACAUUUUCUUCAGCACCAGGUGGGACCUUUGUGAGGGAUUUGCCGGUUUGCAAAGGAACUAAUCUGUUUAAUUUUUACAUACCAGUGGCAGAGUACCUGGAAGAGAGUCCAAUUCAGUUUGGGCAAAUCAGAACCGCUCAGAACUCCAGUGACAUUUUUCCUCAUGAGUCCAUCUUACCUUCCUUAUCUCUACCUCCAAGCCUUCCUCUGGCCUCCUCUCAGUCCGUCCCUCUGCCCUUCCCGAUGGCUCACGGCACCACCACCCUCGCUUUCAAGUUCCAAGGCGGCGUGCUGGCUGCAGCAGACACUCGUUCCAGUUGCUCCGGGCUUGUAGCAUGCCCAGCUGCCCAGAAGAUUCUGCCCAUUCACAGCCACUUGGUCGGUACUACUUCGGGUACUUCGGCCGACUGCGCUCUUUGGAAGAGGAUUCUGGCUCGAGAACUGCGGCUUUACCAACUCCGCCACGGUCGACGGCUCUCCACCAGAGGGGCUGCCAAAUUGCUUUCCCACAUGCUUCACCCAUUUAAGGGGACAGAGCUGUGUGUGGCGGCCACGCUGUGUGGGUGGGAUGGAGGAGAGGAAGAUGGAUGCCGUGACCAUGAAGGUUCAGAGGUUGAUUUUCAAGAAAUGACUGAUCUCAGGGAGUCUGUGGAUACAAGUCCUGAGAAGGCAAAAACUAAGAGCUGUUCUUCAACAGACGCCAGAGAGUUAGUGAGCUUCUCUGGCCCCAGCGUGAUCUAUGUGUGCAGUGAUGGUACUCGUCUGCAGGGAACGCUCUUCUCCGUGGGCUCAGGUUCGCCAUACGCGUACUCCAUUUUGGACCAAGGGGUUCACUGGGGGCUGACGUUGGACGAGGCCACGUCAAUCGCCAGAGAGGCUGUGUUCAGAGCAACGCACAGGGAUGCAUACUCAGGAAACUGCGUAGACAUCUAUCACAUCUCUUCAAAAGGAUGGACUCGCAGGAACAGAGAGGACUUAAAGGAGGAGUAUUACAGAGAAAAGACAAGACGAGAGAAGAGGAGGGAGAGACAGGACGUGACUUUGUCAGAGUAGAGACUUGAAACAAAUAAAAAUGGCAGGAGAAAAGAAAAGCAAACAUUGGGGAGUAUUUUGGAGAGACAUGAUGGCAUCUCUGCAGCAGGUACUAAAUUAAUGAACAGGACCGGCGUUUGCAUCCUCCAGGCUAAACCUCAAAUGAUUUGAGCAUGCAUAUCGCUCCCUCUAAUAAACAGCUGAUGGUUUGUUUGUGCUGAAGAUAAAAUGUAUACCCUAACAGCACUCUGCUGGCUGGCUUUGUGAUUAAGCUGCUAAAACAUAAUGAAUCAUUUCAAGUAGGCUGUGUGAGAUAAUUAUAACCUACUCCUGCAGGGGCUGGAAUCACAUAAACACAGAGAGGAGCGCUAAAAAGCUUUAAUGGUCCAAAAACCUAAAUGUCUGGAGUGUAAGGGCUUUAAUGUAGCGCUCUGUAUAAGGGAGCUCAUUUAGGUGAAGCAAUAAACAGUAAGGAGCUGAAAACUGAUUUGUGUCUGCUGUCAGAAUUCCUCUGAAGUUUCUUUGACACUUCAAUAAAUUAAUGAAUUUGCUGAACCUGCCUGUUGGUUCUGUACGAGCAGCCUGGUAGUAAAUUAAGCACACGAGUAAUUCUUGAAGUGAAAAGAGCUGCAAAGGAUCUGAGAGCGAAAGGUACGGAGCUGUUUGUCCUCUUUUUUACCUCAAACUUCAUUUUGUACAUCGGGGGGGAGGGGGAGUUUCUGAUUACAAGCAGCUGUUA